AUGAAAGUUACCGUGACCUUCGGAAACACCGGGGUGGUGGUUCCGUGUAAGGCUGGGUGGACUGUCCGGGAUCUGAUCGACCAAGCCACACGCAGAUAUCGCAAGAUUCUGGAGCAGGACGGGGAGUGGUCGGUGAGGACGCACCGCAUGGAGUACUGCGAAGGAGGGAUCCUGGACAUGGAUGACCUGCUGAGCGACCUGGUCGAGGACCGAGACAAGCUGGUGGCAGUGUUCGAGGAGGUGCACAGUGGGAAGACGAGUGGGAAGACAAGUCCAGGAAGUAGCAUCUCCAACGGCCAUUCGAGUCCCGCUCCCAGCCCAGAACCUGUCCAAUACAAUAGCCACCCUCUGACCCAGCAGCCAAUGGGAGGAGAGAUAGAGGUCAACGAAGCUGUCCUCAAAGCCAACAGUCUCCUCCUGGUGCGGAGCAGCAGUGACCCUGCCUUGGCCUCAACCCUGGAGACGAAUGCCACAUCCAAACCUGAAGACCACGGUGGAGGGGCGCCUGAGCAGGAUGUGAACCACGCACAGAGAGGAGCUUUGGACCGCCUCCACGCCGACCACCAACCUGCUGCAAAAAUGAGUCGGUUUAACAUCAGCAUCCGCCCCCCCACCGCCCAAGUGGAAUGUCUGUGUUUGUUUGUGUUUGUCAAUGGGAUGCUAAAAUGGAAAGGGGAAGAUGCCGGUAGUACGUUGUGGGAGGACGGCCGGGAGCGGCUGAUGUACGAGAUCCCCCUGAACGACUCGGGCUCGGCCGGUCUGGGCGUCAGCCUGAAGGGCAACAAGUCCAGGGAGACCGGAGAGGACCUGGGCAUCUUCAUCAAGUCCGUCAUCCACGGCGGAGCUGCGUACAAGGACGGGCGGUUGCGCGUCAACGACCAGCUGAUCGGAGUGAAUGGGGAGUCGCUGCUCGGCCUCUCCAACCACGCCGCCAUGGAGACCCUCAGGCAUUCGAUGUCUUCGGAGGGCAACGCCAGGGGCACCAUCCAGCUGGUGCUGCUGCGGGCGGCUAUGCAGACGAGCAGCGGCAACUCGGGGCCAAGCGCCGCCAACACCAGCACCGCUCUUCAACCCAGCCUCCAAGCCGGCAGCAGCAACCAGGAAUUCCAGGAGCCCGUGGCCCAUCAGCCCCGGGGCCUGGGCAGCCCUUCGGUGUACCGGGGGCCCUCGGGUCCAUCCAAACCCACACAUGUGGAGGUCAACUCGAACAGUGCAAGACAAGCUGCGGUGAUGACCGAUGGUUAUCUGCACAGCAGCUCAGGACGAGCCGUGCACAAUGCGGCAACCACCAAUGGCGUCCAUGGCGGCUACGACGACGACUUUGAGGAGGACCUGCAGGAGGACUUUCCCCCGCCCCCGUCCCCUGGCGCUGUAGCAGAGAUGAACAGAGAGCUGUCCCUCACACCCCAACACCACAGUGAUCUUGAGGGGAUGCCCUACACAGCCGAAGCCCUUCACGAAGACAGAUCCAUGGACAGACUCACAGACAACAUACCACGCAACAGGGCCUCCAAGAGCAUGGAUCUGGUGGCUGAUGAGAGCAACGUGGGGUCCCUGGUGAGGCAGUGGCCAGAGCCCUCAGCCGGAGGAGCGCUGGGCCCCACCCUGGGCCUGGUGAAGUCCAGCUCCCUGGAGAGCCUCCAGACGGCCGUGUCGGAGGCCCGGCAGAAUCAGGUCCAAACCGCCGUGCCCUUCCACCGCCCGCGGCCCCACAUGGUCCGGGGGCGGGGCUGCAACCAGAGCUUCCGCAUCGCCAUCGACAAGUCCUACGAGGGGCCAUCCGAAGACGAUGAUGACCUAUCGGAGCAGAGCUCGGGCCGGGACACGCCCGCCAGCGGUUCCUCCCGCCAGGGCCUGGACAUGGAGGAUGGGAAGAAGAAGAAGACCAAAGGGAAGAAGAAAGAGAAGAAAACCAAAGGCAAGAAGAAGGGCGACGAGAGCACAGAGGAGCUGGAGAAAAAGACCAAGAAGAGAGGAUUCGGUCUCUUGAGGUUUGGUAAGAAGAAAGAAGAGAAAAGUAAAGAGGCCAACAAAGCAUCCAAAAACAAGCUCGAGGCCGUGAGUGAAGAGGAACUGGACCGGACCGCCGACAACAGGUCUGAGCAGCGGCCCCGCGACAUCCGUUCAGGACAGUUGACCCCGGACCCCGCCUCCCUCCCCGACUUGGAAGACGACGACAGUGACCCCAACUACGCCCGCAUCAACACCUUCCGACAGCCCCCCUCUCCCCAGCCGUUGUCCAGCCGGACCCCUUCCCCGGGGACGGUGGGCAGGGCGGCGGUGGCGGGGGGCUUGCCCCAGCAUACUGCGGCCCACCAGAGCCGACAGCCCUCGGCAGAAGAACUUGACGGCCUCUACGCGAAGGUCAACAAGCAGAGAGCCCCUGCCGCCCAGCACCACUCCUCCCCAAGCCAGCACCAAACACCGGCAGACGGUGAGCAGCGUGUCCAGUUGAUGCGAAGGGAGCUUCAGCAAGCCCGCAUCGCUCCGUCCUACGAGGAGCUGGACGCCGCGCACCGCAGAGCCCUGGAGUAUGACCCACACCGGAUGGUGCCAAGAGGAGCCGACGCCCGCCAUGCACCCCGCUAUGAAGAGGUGGACCGGCAUUACGCCACGCACCCCAGGAGGGCGAAUCCAUACGAUUACCCCAGAGCCAUGGCGAGAGAGCCAGCCCCCUACCCAGGCAACUACCCGGGCCACGAGCCACCUGCCCCAGGCCGCCCGCCCAUCCCCUACCCGGGCAGCUCUUCCCAGCAGGUGCCCUUGGACCCCCGCUACUACCCCUCGUCCCCCCGUCCCCCGGGGCAGGAGCAGCAGCACCGGGCCGCCCUGAGGCAGGAUAUGCCCCCAUCUCCUACCGCCGCUCACAGAGGGCGCCCCCGCUAUGAGACAACAGGAAGGCGAAGGGACGGCCACCGGCAGGCAAGCCCCGGGCGCUACACCAGCCCGGAGAGGUACCCGGUGGGCACGCAGCGCUACGCCAGCCCCGAACACUUCAACUACAGAGAUGAGAGGCGGCCCGAUCCGAGGCAGAAGAACCCCAUGAUAGGCGCCGUGUGACGGUCUGAGCGCCAGGCGGGUCCUGAUAGAUGAAAUCUACUGAGGCAGGGAGUUCACCCCAUAAUAGGUCAUACACCAGCAACAGCUAGGAAACGCUGACAAGACGGAAGGCUAGACCAGGGCUUAUUUUCAGCAACACAUUAUCACAACACUUUUCAAAGACCAUAAUUCAACAAGCAUGAGGAAGACAAACCAUGUGUUAAUGUGUGUGUGUGUGUGUGUAUAAAUAUAUUUGUCCAUAAUCUAUAUAUAGCUUUUUUUUUUAUGAAGGGGGUUAAUCGUCGGUUACAUAGAUGAGAUUACCGUGGAUUAAAUGUGUCGCCAUGUGUUGGAUAGUGCCAAAUCUAUGCCGGCUUCAUCGCCAUAAAGGCAACGCUGACUUGCAAUUUGCACAAGUUUAAUCAAACUGAAGGAAGUAAAGGUGGUCAUGUCGACCGACGGGGGGGGGGGGGGGGGCUGUGAUAACAGGGGAGAACGAGGAAGCUGACUCAACAAACAGGAAAAAGGAAGUGACUCGGCUUCAAAGCUCCAAAUUGUCUUUCUCACCUUGAUCUUUUCGUCAUUUGGGUUUCCUACGCAUCCUGCCAACAGACGGGGGACGCUGUGUGUAUUUCAACACAAAUUAUUUGGGCCGUGUUCACGGCUGAUAAAAUGUACAUUUGUUAAACUUAACAAUGUAUUCCAAAUAUUGGUUUUCCCAAUUUUACUUGUGUGACGUUUCUAAUAACAUGGCUGUAAAAAUGUUGAUCUACACUGGAGACGCUGUUUAAAGCACAAAGUUUGUGUGAUUGGACUCGUAAUGUAUCCCCCCCCCCCGGAUAGUGAGCUAAAUGAAACAAACAUCUUAUUGUGGAGCAUAUCCCCGCUACACCCCACAGCUUUUUGUGUUUCUCCCUUGUGUGAACACACACACACAAACACAAACACAAAAAAAAGAAACAACUCCCAACUUCAUUAAAUGUUCCAUCUAUGAUGUGAUUUAAACUCACGGUCAGAUAAAUGCAUGAUUUUUUUUAA